GCAUUUGGUCAGCGGCCUGGUAGCUAGUCAGGUGUAUUAUUAUGAUAAAGCUUUCAGCUCAUUAUCGCAGUGUUAGAUUCUUUUUUCUUUCGUGGUUUUUAUGUUGCGAUCAUAAAACAGCGCCGGGCAAUCAAGUGGAAAGCCAAAGCAAAUAAAACAAUUAGCAUGCCCCAAAAUAUAUAUGAAGAGUAGAUAAACAAUGAAAAUUUCACUAGUCGACUAGAAAAAAACAAGAGCUUAUAACACCGCAGACAAGAGAUUAAUGUACUUUAGUACACCCGAAACCUUGACAGUGAACAGAAGUCUUCGGAAAACAUCAAGGAGUAUCGAGUAGGCGUCAAAUGGCUAUGAAAAUGUUCAAUUAUGUGCAAAUUGUUUGCGUGCUCGCUCUAGCCUGGUUUUUGGUCGGGAUCUUGGCGGACUGUAAUGUUUGCCAAACGAAUCAGGUGGCCUGCAUCAAUUCCACAUCCUUCUACUUGUGUUUUGGAGAUGGCACGCCGCAUACGGAUCACAUCUACUCUUGCCUGGACGGCACUGUCUGCACCGACAGGGCGGCCAUCUGUCUGCAGACAAGCGCCCAGUGGCCUCCCAGCUGCGGCGAUACCAGCAAAUGUGGCCAAUGCAGUGCAAAUCGCAAUUAUAAAUUCGCCUGCCAGAGCCGACGCCUGUUCCAAAUGUGCUACGGUGCCACACAGCCGACGGGCGCGCUGGGCGUCUGCCCGGCGGGCUACGUUUGCGAUGCCAGCACCGAUGUGGUCUGUGUGGCCGAGCGGGCUGGUCAAAACUACACCUGUGACCUAAACGACGAUCUGGUGAGCAGCCCCACCGAGGACACCACAGUGGCGACCACAGUGGCAACCACAAGCAAGCCCACAACGCCCAGCUCACUGACGGCGCAGCAGGUGUGCGAGCUGAGGGCCAAGUCGGGACUCUACGAAACUGUGCCGCGCGAUCCCAACUGCAAACGCUAUAUCAGUUGCUACUUUGCCACGAGUGGCAAGAUUAUAGCCGUGGAAUACGAUUGCACGGCGAGCUCCUAUUUCGAGGCGGAAAAAGAACGCUGUUCCUACCUGUUGCCCGCCAACUGCACAGCUUGAUUGAUACAAUAUGACGUUUAAUAAUAAUAAUAGACUUAUAAUCAUAAUAGAUAGUUGCAACUGUCACUCCA